AUAAAAGUUAAAGCGCGGGAAAAGUUCAAGUCAUUUUGAGUCUGUGGUCGUUAAGAGACGGUUGUGUUUCAAAUUUCGAUUUUACGGUUUUUUGUGUGUUUUGGGUGUCUGUGCCCCUGGUUUGAUAUUAUUAUGGAUGUGGAAAACGCGAACUGCAAACUCAAAGUGUCACAAUGCACGGACAUGGAGAUACUACCCAUAGAAAAACCAUUGAAAGUUAAUCGUGAGAUUGCCGGCUUGGAAAGACUAAUUGAAGAACUACACGGAAUAUUCUCGAGGAGCCACGUCAACGUUCAGGACGUUCAGAAACUCAUGGCGGGCUACAAAUCCGAUCCUAAGGAUUGGAGGAAAUACGCGAAGUUUGAUCGUUUCAGGUACACAAGGAACUUGGUCGACGUUGGGAACGGGGCGUUCAACAUCAUGAUCCUCUGCUGGGGGCCAGGACACGCCUCAGCGAUCCACGACCACGCCGACUCGCACUGCUUCAUGAAGCUACUGAGUGGAAGUCUUGAGGAGAUCAGAUACGACUGGCCUGAUGAUGUCCAGCCCGAAGUGCUAAGAACCAUCAAAGAGAAUGCAAAUACGGGCGACCAAAACUGCGACAACCAGACCGUGAUGAGCACAGACUAUAAUGACAGCUGUCAACGUCACAAUGACAGCUGUCAGGGAGAUAGUCACAUGAAUAGCGGCGAAGAAGACGAAGAUUAUUACGAUUUGAAAGAAAUAGGGAGAACGAGAUUAGAAGUGAAUGAUGUGUGUUACAUAAAUGACGCUCUUGGUCUGCACCGCAUGGAGAACCCCUCGCACGUGGACGGCGCUGUCUCCUUGCACCUCUACUGUCCCCCGUUCGACAGCUGCCGGGUCUUCGACGCCAGGACCGGUAGACCCACUCAAGUUAAAGUCACCUUCUGGAGCAUGUACGGGAAGAAGAUUAAAAGGGUAAUCGAAGCCAAUGACGCUGUCGAUAGUCAGUAGUACACGAAAAUUGCGUUUAAAAUAACGUUUGUUAUUUCGUAACUUAAAAAAACAAAAUGUGUGCAAUUCACACGUGGUAGAAGUGAAACUUUCCAAAAUUAAAAUACAAUUAUCCUAAACGUCUUAAGUAUAUGUAAAAUUUUGUCAUUAGUAAAUAAUUGUAAGGUAGCGCCCUCUGUGAAUUGAUAUUUUAAUUUCACGUAUAAUCCUAAAUUAAAAUUCACUACAAGAGCUUUCAUACACACGUUAGUAUUAAAAAAUCUCACAGAUGGCGCUGUAUUAAAUAGUAUGUAUAUUUCUGUCUCAUUCUUCGCUGGCUUCAUCCUACACAUUUUUGUAUUUGUGUCUCUUACCUGUCGUUUUUUCCGUUGCAUCCGGUUUGAAAUCACAACGAUUCUAAAGAAGUUUUCACUUCAAAAACAUUUUUAAACAGCCAACAGUUUUAUGUUUGUUUUUUAAGCCCCAGUUAGGACGUCAGAGCGGAGUUAUUGUUAUUAUUGGCACACCCUGAUGCGUGUGCGAGUUCGUGUGAGUAUUUUAACGUCCUCGAUAGCGUUAAAGUUAACUCGUAUGCAGUUGGAACAGCGCCCCUAGCGGCAAACGUAGGCAAAUGUUCCAACUCCAUACAAAGGACAAUGCCCAUUUUCUAUGGGCGUUUGGGCCCCUAAAAAAAGUUGUCGGGUGAUGAUGAUUUUAACUUAAUUUGAUAGACAAAGAAAUAUCGUUUCAUAUUCAGAAAACGAUUUUUAUAUUCUCACACUGGUUUAAGAGAAAUCUGUUUUUUUCUGCAGCUAAAAUUAAGUUGUUAAUUGUUUUCUUCGAAAUCAAUAAUCGCUCUCAUCAUUAAUUACAGUAUUAAAUAAGUUAAUUGUGGUUAAUGUUUCUAGAAAUAAGCCCUUACGUACAUUUUAUUAUUAUUAUAUCCUCAUAAUAAUAAUAAAAUGAAAUGAAAUCCGGAAGCCGGCAACGAUAUUGUUGUUGUUGUUUUCAAAUUCGCCAACAAGCAGGCGAAGAGCGUAGCCUAUACAGCCUAGUCUGUCAUAGUUAUAUUUUUAAAACAAUGCCAGGGCGAAAGAAAUGUUGAUACAUAAACCAAACAACAUGAAAAAGUAAGGCAUAGUUUUUCAAGUACAAAUAGUUUUGUCAUGAAGUUGGCCCACUUUUGGGCAUUGUCCUUUGAGUUAACUUUAACGAUGUCGCGAACGUUAAAAAACUCGCGCUAAGCACACAGACGUCUUGAAGUCUGUAGUAAGGAGGUUCAAAAAUUCUUAUCUACUUGCAUGCACAGUUGGGUGUGUCCAAGCUAAUAACGGUGUGCUAAUUUAGGAACAUGACCUAUGGUCUAUGUCGAAACAUCAAGAAUUGAUGCUCAAACACUAACGCUGUCUGUCUCAAAAGGCUAGGUGGCGAAGUCGCCGAUUGGUUUUUUUUAUUGCUUAGAUGGGUGGACGAGCUCACAGCCCACCCGGUGUUAAGUGGUUACUGGAACCCAUAGACCCAUAGACAACUACAACGUAAAUCUGCCAUACACAUUGAGAUAUAAGUUCUAAGAUCUCAGUAUAGUUACAACGGCUGCCCCACCCUUCAAACCGAAACGCAUUACUGCUUCACGGCAGAUAUAGGCAGGGUGGUUGUACCUACCCGCGCGGUAGAGGUCCCACCACCAGUUGCGGGUUGGAUUCUCGCAUCGGGCAAACGUCAGUGUGGCGCACAGGUUCGUUCGCCUUGUUUUGGAAUAUUCAAUAUUUAUUAUAUAUGUAACCUAUAUAUCAUUUAUCACAUAAGUCUUAGAAGAGGUUAAUAUUUUAUAAAGGUGACAUAAAUGGUAAUUUGAAUAUUGAAACAUUAGAAGAAGGAACCCGUCCACUUCGCUGGUCAUUUAAAAUUAACAUUAUUAUUUCUCACCCCCACAAAGAUUCUCAUCAUUAACGCCCCCGCAACUGGUGUAGGGAGUCCAACACUCAUAUAAAUAUUAGCUUAUCCAUUAAGUACAUGUAUUUUCUACAUGGAUACCAAGUUUCAAGUCAAUCGGAUGCACGGUUCAGUAGUUAUUACGGAACAUCCGUAAAAUACAUAAUAGAUUUAUACAUUAGAUAUAGAUUUGUUGAAUAUAGAAAUAUAAAGAAAAACAUAAAAACUGGUGAAGCAAUAGCUUUAAAUGUUGUUUCUCUUUAUAGAGCAACUCGGUUUGUGCUAUAGUUUUACUGGGCUAAACUUUAUUUUGAUGUGAUUAAAGAAUCUAAUAUAUAAAAUUCUCGUGUCACAAUGUUCGUUCCCAUACUCCUCCGAAACCGCUUGACCGAUUCUCAUGAAAAUUUUUAUGCAUAUUCAGUAAGCCUGAGAAUCGGCUACUAUCUAUUUUUCUAACCUUUAAGUGAUAAGGGGUGUUCACACCAAAAUUUAUUUUUUAUUUUUUUAUAAUUUUUUUUUUUAAUGUUUGAUGUUUUGUUAUUUUUAAACAAAAUUCCCUCAUCAUUCACAGCGCUCCAGGCCUUUUUCACUCAUAUUCCACAUCCUUAUACACUUCCAAUAAGUUAGUAUUUUUUUUUCUAUACUAGAAAUUCUCUAGAAAUCUUAUAUAUGGCAAGACAACGUUUGCCGGGUCAGCUAGUACAUUAAAAAAAAACAUUUCUACAGCUUGUUACCAGGAAUAUAAAUACAUUAAUAAUAAUAUAUUAUAUAUACCUAAACAUAUAUGAUUAUAUAUGAUAUAUGAUAGAGUUUUGGCUGUCUUGUUUUACGAGUACAUAUGUACACGUGCUUAGAAAGUUUUAAGCUCGGCAUCGUUAGAAUCUAUAUAUUAAUACGUGAAGCAAAAACUUUGUACCCCUUUUUACGAAAAUUGCGCGGACGGAGGAGUAUGAAAUUUCCCACACUUAUAGAGAAUAUAGAGAAGAAGUGCACAAUGCUAAUAUUUUUUUAAAAUAAUGCAUAAAAGAUACAUUAAAUCAAUAAAGAAAACAUUACACACACUACGUACCAUGUAUUUGACGUUUUGUUCUUGACGUCUGUUGUCAAAUUGAGAAUAGAUUAAAUAUUGUUUGUCUUUGUUAAUAUUUUUUAUAGUGUAGUCUUGGCGAAAUUUGCGAUUAAAGAAAUAUAAAAUACAAUCAUAAUAGUGUACAAACUUACAAUUCCAAUUAAUUAUAGUCGAAUUUCGACUACUGGGGGACCACUAGUUUUUAUUAAUUUGAAAAAACAAAAGUCACUUAUACAUAUUAUAUUUUUUUAAUACAAUUUAUAUGACUUCUACAAUGUAUAUCCGAAUUUACCUUAAAACCAGUGACUAGAAAUAAAUACAUUAAGUCGGUAUUGUUUUGUGUAUAAUUUAUUUUAUUAAAUUAAAAUAAAAUAAAAAAACGAAAUGAAA